AUGUAAAAAUAAUGCCGUAUAUGUAACAAGAAACAUAAGUUUAACUUAAAAGGGAUCUUAUCAUACCCUAAGCACUUGUUAUUCGGAACAAUACCUAAUUAUUUUCGAAGAAUGACUUAAAAAUUAAAUGAAAAAUAGACUUAGCAGGUUAGCUUAUCAGAUACUCACAUUUGCUACAUAAUAAACAAAGACAUAUGUGAUGAAUGUUGGACAUUCAUGUAUUAAGGAUUUUAAUGUCAAAAAUGCAAUACCUAUAACUAUCAUUGCACACAAGAGAUAAAAAUAUGCUUCCUUUGCAAAGCUGUUUAUUGCAGGAAAUGCUUUAGAAGAGUUGAUUUGUUUUCAUAGAAUGGAUUAUGCACUUUUUGCUAAUUCCAUCAGUCAGAUAGUGCUAAUUCAACACGACAAUUGUUUUCAUUGUUUUUUGCUUUUAUGUUUCCUUGCCUAGCCUUUAAGUAUCUAGCAAGCAAAUUAGUUAAAACCUUUGAAAAAAUUUAGUAUACACAAUCUUAGAAAAUAAUUUGCGUGUCGUCAUUUGUGAUAAUGUUUCCUUUAAUCUACUGCAUUUGUUUAAUUGGAUUUGGUAUUUUGCUAAUUGCUAAGGUGAUUAAAUCAAUAAUACUACUUUUGAAAAAAUAUUAUAUAUAGAAAAGAGUUGCGGAAUGA